AUGCGCCUCUCUUCCUUUUUGGCCGUGUUCAGGCCUGCUUUACCCUUGAUCCUGGGACUAUCGUUGGGAUGCAGUCUCAGUCUAUUAAUGGUGUCUUGGACACAAGACACGGAUGACUCCUGUCGAGAUGAACUGGGAAAUAGAAGACUUUUUCUGGGCAGAGGAGAUGCUCUCAGAGACACGAGAGAUGGUUUCAACAAUGAAGACUUUCAGCCACGCAUCAUACCAUACCACAAAGACCCAAACAAGCCACACAAAAAAGUCCUCAGGACACGAUAUAUUCACACAGAGCUGGGCAUCAGAGAGCGCCUCUUGGUCGGCGUGCUGACAUCACGGGCCACACUCAACACUCUGGCCGUGGCGGUGAACCGGACAGUCGCACACCACUUCCACCGGACUUUCUUCUUCACAGGUCUGCGCAGCCCCAAAGUUCCCCAUGGAAUGACCGUGAUCACACACGGUGAUGACCGGCCUGUGUGGCUAAUGUACGAGACUGUGAGGCACCUGCACCAGCAUCAUGGCUCUGAAUACGACUGGUUCUUUCUGGCCCAGGAUGACACCUACAUUCAGGCGGAUCGCUUGUCAGAGCUUGUGGGGCACCUCAGCGCAGGCCAGGACCUGUACAUGGGAAGAGCAGAGGAGUUUAUCGGUGGAGAGGAAAAAGCUCGAUAUUGCCAUGGGGGCUAUGGUUACCUGUUGUCACGCAGCCUGCUGGCUCGGCUGCAGCCGCACCUCGAUACGUGUCGCAAUGACAUCCUCAGCGUCAGGCCCGACGAGUGGCUCGGACGCUGCAUCAUUGACUAUCUUGGUCUCAGUUGUGUUGAAGUACAUCAGGAGAUGAGUUAUCACUACUUUGAGCUUGGGAAAAAUGCUGACCCUGAGCGCGAGGACAGUCCACAGUUUAAAAUGGCUUUCACCGUGCAUCCCGUGUCAGAGCCCAACCUCAUGUACCGCCUUCACAAGCGCUUCAGUCACAUCGAGCUGGACUGGACCUAUGGGCAGAUCCAGCAGCUGCAGAAGCAGAUCAACAACUUGAGUGACUUGACGCCUGAGGGGGAGGCUGGAGUGACCUGGCCUAUUGGAAUAAACCCACCUUUCAAACCAAGGACUCGUUUUGAGGUGAUAAACUGGGAGUACUUCACCGAGGAGCACAUCUACUCGUGCAUGGACAGUUCUCCAAAGUGUGAGAUCAGAGGAGCGGAUCACGCCGAUGUGGCCGCCGUCCUGGAGAUCGCUGUGGAGCGUCUGAACGAGCGAUACCAGCCUCAGCUCCGCUUCCAGAAGAGGCGUUUACUGAAUGGGUACAGGAGGUUUGACCCCACGCGGGGGAUGGAGUACAUGCUGGACCUGGCUCUGGAGGCCUACACUCAGAAAGGCCACAGUCAGGUGAUCGUGAAGAGGGUGAACCUGCUGCGGCCGCUGAGUUCAGUGGAGAUUAUUCCCAUGCCGUAUGUGACAGAGGCCACUCGAGUGCAGGUCAUUCUUCCAGUUACGGCUCAGGACCAGGACUUUGUCAGUAACUUCCUGGACAUGUACGUCAUGAACACUCUGGACACUCAUGACAAUGUGUUGCUCACCUUUUUGUUCAUCUAUGACCCGUUUGAUGCUCAGCGCGUCAGCCAAACGGACGUGUUUGCUGGCAUUAAGGCCAUGAUUGGGGAAGUGGAGAAACGCUAUGGUGAUGUCAAAAUCCCCUGGAUCAGUGUGAAGACAGAGGUGCCCUCCCAGGUGAAGCUAAUGGACAUCAUCUCCAAGAAGCACCCAGUGGACACUCUGUUCUUCUUGGCCAGUGUGUGGACGGAGGUCAAUGCUGACUUCCUCAAUCGCUGUAGAAUGAACGCAAUCAGUAACUGGCAGGUGUUCUUCCCCAUCCACUUCCAAGAGUACAGCCCUGCCAUUGUGUCCCGAGACCAGCAGCCCUCAGCUGCCUCGUCCUUUGCCUCCGAGUCUCUGCGCGAUGGUCACUUUGAUCGCCAUGUUUUUGACGAAGCGUGCUUUUAUAACGCUGAUUACAUGACAGCACGGACCAAAAUGGCUGCUGACAUUUUGGACAAUGAGGACCUGUUGGAGAGCAUGGAUGUAUAUGACAUAUUCGUGCGCUACUCUGGACUACACGUGUUUCGAGCUGUGGAGCCAGCGCUCAUUCAAAAGUAUGUGAGGCGUGUUUGUAACCCACGUUUUAGUGAGGACAUCUACCACCGCUGUGUGCUCAGCAACCUGGAGGGCCUGGGCUCGCGCUCACACUUAGCCAUGGCUCUGUUUGAACAGGAGCAGGCUAACAGCACCUAA